AUGGAUUCCUCGUCAAGGCGGCUGAGAUUACACCACUUCGAAGAAAAAUUUAAGGCCUACAGUCGAUCAGGGAUCAAGAUCUUAAAUAUGCUCUGGUAUCUCACCUUCGCCUUAUUCGCGGUAGUGCUGUACCUUUCGCUCGGGCUCAAGAGUCAAUGGCCGGAUGGACCUCGAGGCAUACCACUCAUUGGGGUCUUGCCGGACAAGAAGCUGACUCUCAACCAACAACUCACCAAUCUGGUACCUCGAUAUGGGGACUUCUUCUCAUUCAACAUGGGCAGGUCCAAGGUGGUUGUCUUAAGCAGCCCAACAGCUAUCGAUGACCUGAUCAUCAAAAGAGGCCAGAACUACUCCUCUCGCCCGUCUUCUUCGGCCCAGGCAAAGAUCAUUGCCGAAGGAAGGUUGAUCCAAAUGGAAUACGGUGACGAGUUCAGAAAACAUCGAAAGGUCAUCCACAGUCUCCUGGGGAUGCAGAACUCCAAGAUUUUUCUACCGUACCAAGAAUACGAGAGCCGACAGACUUUGAAGAAUCUGCUGCAAAACCCGAAUGCCUUCUACACAGAGGUGGCGCGGUACUCGGCGAGCGUUACUUUCAGUCUUCUGCUUGGAGCUCGUUUUGCCAGCAGCAACACUCAGAUUCCAGAGGCUAUCCGUCACAUCGCACUUGAUAUGUUUGAGAAAAUGCGUCCGGGCCACUGGCUGGCUGAUUGGAUUCCGGUGCUGAACUAUCUUCCAGACAGCCUCGCACCGUGGAGGGCAGAUGCUCGCAAGACCUUCGACAACCUCAUUGGAUUCUGGAGCGUCUUCUACGACUCAAUCACGGAUCGAAUGAAGACGGGCGACGCGCCGGAUUGUUUCCUGAAGCGGUUCUUGGAAAGCCCCGAGAUUAAUAGUUUCUCCGAAGUCGAUAGGCGCGUUAUUCUGUCCGAGCUACUGGCGGCAGGCUCGGAGACCACUGCGACCACACUCCAAUGGUUCUUCAAGGCCGCUGUCCUCUACCCGGAUUUUAUCAAGUCCGCGCAGGAAGAACUGGAUCGCGUGGUCGGGCCCGACCGUCUCCCGCAGUGGGAGGACCGCAGCAAGUUGCCCUACAUCGCCGCGACCGUGGAAGAAAUACACAGGUGGGCGUCCGUGACGCCUCUUGCGUUCUUCCAUGCCACCAGCGAGUCGGACAGCUACCGGGGCAAGACGAUCCCCGCGAGAACAACGGUAAUCUACAAUCCUUCGGCGAUCCAUCACAGCAGCGAAUAUUUCCGAGACCACGAGAGAUUUGUGCCCGAGCGGUUCCUGUCGGAGAAAGAUCCUCGGUCUCUGCCUCAUUAUGCAUAUGCCCCAAUUCAUUAUGGGUUCGGUGCAGGGAGGAGAGAAUGUCCCGGGAAACAUGUCGCCGAUGCCUCUCUUUUCAUUGUCAUCAGUCGCCUCUUGUGGGCGUUCAACAUCGACCUGGGCGCCCACCCGCCUCCCAGCGACGACGUCAGUGGAGGAGUCCCGAUCUUCAGACCCGUCGCAUUUGCAUGCAACAUCACUCCCAGAAGCAAGAAGGUCGCAGAUAUGAUCCUGGCAGAAGCCGCAGCCCAGGACGCAGCGUUACGGGUUGAAGAUGCCGCACAAUACGAGCAGAGAAUCAUGAGGUUUGUGGAGGAGCAGAAGGUUGGGGCGUGAUGUCUUGGACUGGGCUGGGGCUGGCACCUACAGAUAUGCUAUUGAAAGGGGACUCCAUCAGGGGGGGAGAGAACAAGGCCUUUGUUUCACAAGAACGGUAAGUAAAGACCGGCAGAUCUGACGAACAAUUGGAUUUGAGACUCGAGACAGAGAAGCAGCUAUGGUGGCAGGAACGGCGAAGUUAUGGACUCAAAUGUCAUUCGGGAGAAACACGGGCAUAUUCAGUUGCGUAACGAACUAGUUCCAAG